UGGAGCUUGAUUGGCGGUCGUGCCGACCAGUGAGACCAGGGCGUAGGCGGGGCGCGGCUCGGAGCGCGAAACAUGGCGGGGCAGGACGCUGGCUUCGGCCGCGGCGGCGACGACUACUCGGGGGACGAGGGCGACAGCAGCGUGUUCAGGGCGGCUGUGGAGGUGUUCGGGAAGCUGAAGGACCUAAACUGCCCCUUCCUCGAGGGUCUGUAUAUCACAGAACCAAAGACGAUUCAGGAACUGCUAUGCAGCCCCUCAAAGUACCGCUUGGAGAUCCUAGAGUGGAUGUGUACCCGGGUCUGGCCCUCACUGCAGGACAGGUUCAGCUCACUGAAAGGGGUCCCAACAGAGGUGAAGAUCCAAGAAAUGACGAAGCUGGGCCAUGAGCUGAUGCUGUGUGCGCCAGAUGACCAGGAACUCCUCAAGGGCUGCGCCUGCGCGCAGAAGCAGCUGCACCUCAUGGACCAGUUGCUUGAUGCCAUCCGGAACCUGACCGUUGGCUGCUCCAGUCGCUCGAGCCUGAUGGAGCACUUCGAGGACACCAGGGAGAAGAACGAGGCCUUGCUGGGGGAGCUCUUCUCCAGCCCCCACCUGCAGAUGCUCCUGAAUCCAGAGUGCGACCCAUGGCCCCUGGACAUGCAGUCCCUCCUCAACAAGCAGAGUGAUGACUGGCAGUGGGCCAGUGCCUCUGCCAAGUCCGAGGAGGAGGAGAAGCUGGCGGAGCUGGCCAGGCAGCUGCAGGAGAGCGCUGCCAAGUUGCAUGUGCUUAGAACAGAGUACUUUGCACAACACGAGCAAGGGGCCGCUGCGGGCACAGCCGAUGUCAGCACCCUAGACCAGAAGCUGCGUCUGGUCACCUCCGACUUCCACCAGCUAAUCUUGGCUUUCCUCCAAGUCUAUGACAACGAGCUGGGCGAGUGCUGCCAGCGCCCAGGCCCUGACCUUCAUCCGUGUGGUCCCAUCAUCCAGGCCACGCACCAGAAUCUGACUUCCUACAGCCAACUGCUGCAAGUGGUCGUGGCAGUUGCUGACACCUCUGCGGAAACCGUGGAGACGGUGAAGAAGCAGCAAGACGAGCCCAUCUGCUGGGGCGGCAGCAGCUCCGUCAUGAGUCUAGCUACCAAGAUGAAUGAACUAAUGGAGAAAUACAAAGUCUUCAGUGAUGGCCCAUGCAAAAGCACAGGAUAGUGGGGGCAGGAAGCCCUCUCCCAAGAUCGAGUUGGCCGAGGAUGGAUGAAUGUGGCAGCAGAAGCCGUUGCAGCCCCAAGUUGUGCUCUAGGCAGGGGCCUUUGGCCCCUUUGGGGACAGAGAGACAAGAUGGGCGGUUUGAUUUGGACACAAAGAAAGCCUCGGUUUCUAAGCA